AUGCCUGCUACCAGGGGACAGGGUGACUCAGGAGGAAAGACUCCACCUAAAAUAGUCGUGCAAAAGAAUAAAGAGAAGGAGGAGGAAGAGGAGGAGAAGAAUGACUUGAAAUGGAUUUUAUCUUCCAGGCAAGGACAUUUGGACCGAUCUUUUACAUGUUCCACAAGAAGUGCAGCUUAUAAUCCAAGCUAUUAUUCAGAUAAUCCUUCCUCAGACAGUUUUCUUGGCUCAGGCGACUUAAGAACCUUUGGCCAGAGUGCAAAUGGCCAAUGGAGAAAUUCUACUCCAUCAUCAAGCUCAUCUUUACAGAAAUCAAGAAACAGCCGAAGUCUUUACCUCGAAACCCGAAAGACCUCAAGUGGAUUAUCAAACAUUUUUGCGGGAAAGUCAAACCAUCACUGCCAUGUAUCUGCAUAUGAAAAAUCUUUCCCUAUUAAACCUGUUCCAAGUCCGUCUUGGAGUGGUUCAUGUCGUUGAAGCCUUUUGAGCCCCAAGAAAACUCAGAGGCGACAUGUUAGUACAGCAGAAGAGACAGUUCAAGAGGAAGAAAGAGAGAUUUACAGACAGCUGCUACAGAUGGUCACAGGGAAACAGUUUUCUAUAGCCAAACCUACCACACAUUUUCCUUUACACCUGUCUCAAUGUUUUAGUUCCAGUAAAAAUACUUUGAAAGACUCACUAUUUAAAAAUGGAAACUCUUGUGCAUCUCAGAUCAUUGGCUCUGAUACUUCAUCAUCUGGAUCUGCCAGCAUUUUAACUAACCAGGAACAGCUGUCCCACAGUAUAUAUUCCCUCUCUUCUUAUACCCCAGAUGUUGUUGCAUUUGGAUCCAAAGAUUCUGAUACUCUUCAUCAACCCCCUCAUCACCACUCUGUUCCACAUCAGCCAGAUAACUUAGCAGCUUCAAAUACACAAUCUGAAGGAUCAGACUCUGUGAUUUUACUGAAAGUGAAAGAUUCCCAGACUCCAACUCCCAGUUCUACUUUCUUCCAGGCAGAGCUGUGGAUCAAAGAAUUAACUAGUGUUCAUGAUUCUCGAGCACGAGAAAGAUUGCGCCACAUUGAAAAACAGAAAGCAUUGGCCUUACAGCUUCAAAACCAGGAAAUGGAGAAAGAAAUAAAGAAUGUAUUUCGUAAUGGGAAUAAGGAUGAAGUUCUCAGUGAAGCAUUUCGCCUGACCAUUACACGCAAAGAUAUUCAAACUCUAAACCAUCUGAAUUGGCUCAAUGAUGAGAUCAUCAAUUUCUACAUGAAUAUGCUGAUGGAGCGAAGUAAAGAGAAGGGCUUGCCAAGUGUGCAUGCAUUUAAUAUGUUUUUCUUCACUAAAUUAAAAACGGCUGGUUAUCAGGCCGUUUGGACAAAGAAAGUAGAUGUAUUUUCUGUUGACAUUCUUUUGGUGCCCAUUCACCUGGGAGUGCACUGGUGUCUAGCUGUUGUGGACUUUAGAAAGAAGAAUAUUACCUAUUACGACUCUAUGGGUGGGAUAAACAAUGAAGCCUGCAGAAUUCUCUUGCAAUACCUAAAGCAAGAAAACAUUGACAAGAAAAAGACAGAGUUUGACACCAAUGGCUGGCAGCUCUUCAGCAAGAAAAGCCAGGAAAUUCCACAGCAGAUGAAUGGAAGUGACUAUGGGAUGUUUGCCUGCAAAUAUGCUAACUGUAUUACCAAAGACAGACCAAUCAACUUCACACAGCAACACAUGCCAUACUUCCGGAAGCGGAUGGUCUGGGAGAUCCUCCACCGAAAACUCUUGUGAAGACUGUCUCAGUUAGCAGACCUUGACCAUGUGGGGGACCAGCUCUUUGUUGUCUACAGCCAGAGGCCUUGGAAACAGCUGCUCCCAGCCCUCUGUUCUUGUAGCACCCUUGAUCCUGGACCAG